UCGUCCUCCUCGCAUCGCUCUCCCCACACCACCACCUCCUCCUCCACAGCAGGCUAGCCAGGCUUUUUCUGGGGUUUGCGAGGGGGGCGCUCCGGUCCGGCGAGAGGGGGGAGAUGGCGGCGGAGCGGGCGCAGGGGACGGUCAAGUGGUUCAACGGGAGCAAGGGGUUCGGCUUCAUCAGCCCCGACGACGGCAGCCAGGACCUCUUCGUCCACCACUCCUCCGUCAAGGCCGACGGCUUCCCCAACCUCAAGGACGGCGAAGCCGUCGAGUUCACCGUCGGCGCCGACAGCGACGGCCGCGCCAAGGCCAUCGACGUCUCCGCGCCCGGCGGCGGCACGCUCGCCGGCGGGGAACGCCCGGACAGCGGCUACGGCGGGCGCGGCGGCGGCGGCUACGGCGGGGGAGGCGACCGCGGCUACGGAGGCGGCGGCGGCGACCGCGGUUACGGCGGAGGCGGCUACGGCGGAGGCGGCUACGGCGGAGGCGGCGACCGCGGCUACGGCGGAGGCGGCGACCGCGGGUACGGGGGAGGCGGCGACCGCGGGUACGGGGGAGGCGGCGGCUACGGCGGCGGGGGCGACCGUGGCUACGGCGGCAGCGGGGGAGGCGGCCGCGGCUGCUACAAGUGCGGCGAGGAGGGCCACAUCGCACGCGACUGCUCCCAGGGCGGCGGCGGCGGCUACGGCGGAGGCCGCGGCGGCGGGUGCUACAACUGCGGCGAGGAGGGCCACAUCUCCCGCGAGUGCACCAACAAGAGGCGCUAGGCGCGGCGGCUCCACGUCGGACGCGUUCUGACCCCUACCUCCUGGCUCUUGCAUCAAGUCAUAGCCAUCUAUCUAUCUAUCUAUCUAUCAGUAGUAGUAGUAUUUCGUUCUCGUCGUUCGCUCGUGUCGUAGUAGGAAGAAGGCGGCGUGUGGAGAAGUGGUGAUGAUGUGGAUCCGUCUGUCUCGGAGUAGAAAUCAAUGUUUCUGUUUUGCAUCAGCUGUAAGGCAGCCAUGAUCAUGGAUGGCACUGCCCGAUCUAUCUAUCUUUCUAGAUCUAUCAAUGGAAUGGGAUGAACGGACUAGUAAUCUAUUUGAACUCAGA